AUUCCACAGGCGCUACACAUCUUCUUGAUACUAUUUACAACAGACAAAAAAGCACUGCUACUAUAUUUCGUCAUCAUUGCUAUUCCGAAGCAACUAUAUUCUCUCCUUACUGGUUUCGGCCAACAGGGUCGACCGUUUGUAUCUUCUCCUGCGAUUCAUUCCGCUGCUUUUAAUACCCAAAAGAGAUCCCCUUCAACGCAUCAUUUCACACCAUUCCCUGUUCUGCGUAUCUACAUCCAGCAGCGCAGGGGAAUGAGAAUUGCCACAUUACAGUUCGCCCCAAAAUUGGGGGAUGUGGAAGGCAACAUCAGACGGGCCGAUGAAUUGCUACAGCAUGGCAAAGUGCUCGGAGGUGUUGGGAUUGGGGUCGACAUCUUGAAGCCGGAUAUUCUGAUAUUGCCUGAGUUAGCUUUAACUGGCUAUAACUUCCCUUCGCUGGAGGCUAUCAAGCCAUAUCUGGAGUCUGCGGGGAAGGGACCAUCAGCUACCUGGGCACGAGAAACUGCUAGACGCUACCGAUGCAAAGUGUGCGUUGGGUAUCCUGAAGUCGAGGAAGCUGGGGCAAGCCAAAUGGAUGGUUCGGAUAGUCAGCAGGAGAUGUACUACAACUCUCUUCUUGUAGUAGACGAGAAAGGGGAAGUUUUACACAACUAUCGCAAGACGUUUUUGUACUAUACGGAUGAGACAUGGGCCGCAGAGGGGGAUGUGAAGAGGGGCUAUCGUGAGCUUACCUUUGGAAAUUCGCCAGAACAGAAUUCUCCAAGCACCAACGUCGCCACUUCGUUCGGAAUAUGCAUGGAUAUCAACCCGUAUAAGUUUGAGACACCAUUCACUGCAUGGGAGUUCGCAAACCGAGUGCUGGAUUCAAAAUCUCAACUAGUCGUCCUUUCUAUGGCUUGGCUGACAUCGUUGGGCCGGGAAGAACUCGACGCUCUCGCUGGGGAACCGGAAAUGGAUACCUUUAACUACUGGAUCCAGCGGUUUUGGCCCCUCAUCAAGAAACGAUUGCGUCAUGAGGUUAACUUUGAUGGGGAUGAUGCUGAGUCUGGCAAGAAGACGGUUAUUGUUUUUGCGAAUCGGGCGGGAGAGGAACCAGGUCCUGAGGGAACCAACCCGGCUCUGUACGCUGGCACAAGUGCUAUUAUUGCUGUCACGCAACGGACGCGCCGCCCCCCGGCUGAUGGAGAAACUAGUGCUGCGAACAGAGGUCCUGGGAAUGGGUCCGAUGAGGAUCAGAGUGGGGACAAGGAUACAUCGCCGUUUGAUGUGAAAAUACUCUGCUGGGAUAUGAUGGCCGCGACAGCCGAAGGAAUCUGCUUUGCGGAUACAACGAUGGACCCAAAAAUGGUUUUCGGCCUAGUUAAAGCUAGUAGAUAAUGUGAUUGGGCUUUGGGGAAGUAUCCAAGGCUCAGGAGAUAAUAGUAGUAUCCUUUCAAAAAUGUCGGUCGAUGGGAAGUAUAACAUGUUUGAGUCUGUUAUCGCGCGAUCUAGA